UAUCCCUUUACCAGCUUGAUUUUUGUGAUUGAUAAAUAAACCCCGAACAGUUGUGUCCAAGGUGUUGUGAAUAGCAAGUGGUUGUGUAAUGUGUUGAGCUGACUGCCCGUUGGGUGUAGCGGAGUGGCGGGUCGGUAGCGCUUCAUGCAGGGGCGCGCGGCUGCAGGCCCGGGCGGGCUCCGCUCCAACCUGCGCGCCCUCCCGCCGGUGCUGCCGCCGCCGCCCCAGUUCGCGACCGACCAGGAAGCGAUGCCGGCCAACCAGAUAGCCCAGGUCAUCGCCCUAAUAUGCGGUCUGCUAGUGGUGAUCCUCAUGGUGCUGGGGCUGGCGUCGGCGGACUGGCUGAUGGCGGCAGGCUGGCGGCAGGGGCUCUUUAUGCACUGCAUAGACCCCGAGGCUCCCACGCCGCUGCCCUUUGACAUCACGGCGCAGCCCGGCUGCUACGCUGCGAGGCCUACCUCUUAUAUUAAGGCGUCGGCGGGGCUGUGCGUGGCGACGCUGGCGGCGGACGUGUGCGGCGCGCUGCUCACGGGGCUGGGGCUGCGCUCCGCCGACCACCGCACCAAGUUCCGCUACUACCGGUUCGCGGUGCUCGCCAUGUCGCUCGCACUGAUGUGCAUCUUAAUAGCGCUAGUCAUCUACCCGGUGUGCUUCGCCGCAGAACUGAAUUUAGGAAACCGAUCGGUGUGGGAGUUCGGCUGGGCCUAUGGCGUCGGCUGGGGCGCCGCCAUUUUCCUGUUCGGCGCCGUUGUGCUCUUGCUCUGCGACAAGGAGAGCGAGGAGCUCUACUACAAGGAACGAAAAGUGGUCCACACGGAGCGCACGGGGCGCCCCUAGGGCCGCCCGCGCCUGCCCGACCUGGUGCCGUGAGCACCGCCUCGCUAGCACCGACGCGCACGCCCGCUGGGUGUGAGACCGAGGUAACACCAUGUACCGAUGCCUGACACACCUGACCGUGCGAUUAUAACAUAACUACAACACGACAUAUUACAUUUUUACACACUUUUAUUUAUCUGCACUGCUAUGUGUGCUUCAAAUCUUGUAACUUAAAUAUUGAAGCACUUGCCGGUGUCUGACUCAGUUGAAAUUUGGAGUAUUUCCUUAAUUCCGAUGACAGUGCAAUAAUAUGCUAACAUGGUGCUGAUCUGAUGAUGCAGUCGGAAAGUAACCAAAGGAGUUACUCGAUGGUAAACACAAACAGCUCAUUAAAACGGUCUCGAGGAGUACUUGAUAGAAAUGCAAAUGAGAAGAAGUACAAUCAACAAUAAUGGUGUGUUAGAACAACACACACGUUUUUUUUAAACAUAGAUUUUCGCUUGGUUUGGCAAGUUUCGUUUAACAUUUGGUAUGCUUUAGCACUGUUGAGUGCAUACCUACAUUCAACUUAAGCAUGUCAACAUUAAACAGUUAAGUAGAACAGCCCUCAUUUCACAGUAGAACACGAAAUGUAAAUGUGAGUUUUGACGUGUCCUCAGAAAUAGAUCUUCCAUAAAUGCAAAAAUGAUUUGAUAAGUUCAUACUUUUUCCAGUUAUUAAAAAUUUGUAGACUUUAAAUACUUGAGACUUGUUUUACCAUCUGUGCCACUUUGGUGCUGACUACUACCUACAGUAGUACAAUUAAUAUACAUAUUUUAAACAGUACAAAACAGUAAACCUAAAUUAUUCUACCCUCAGUUUAAAGAGAAUAUCUAUUCCUCAUUUGCAUAAAAUAAAUUUGUUAACAGAGUAAAUAGACAGUCUGAAUAUUUUUAUCAUUUAAUAAAAAAACAAAAUCUGACGAGGAAUGUGCUUAAUGUCCAAACCAGCACACAAUAUAACAUGUUGAAUAAAUGUAAUUUUUAUAAUAAUUAUUUUACUACUUUUACUUGGUGGGUUUCUGGUACACUUACUCUAUGAGAAAAUAGAUUUUCAGUACUGUUGUACUGAAGAUCGAAAAAUUCCAAUGUUAAAUUUAUAUUUUAGUUGUAAUAUUUAUAUAAUCACAAUCAUUUUCUGAGUUUAAUUUUGAAUAUGUCGUGCAGUUUCUUCAAUUGUUAUAUCGCAUUGUCAAUUCCGUAAUUAUAGACAAAAGACUAAUUGCGUAAGGAACCUGUUGAGACGUAACUUGCGCAAUGUGUUUUUUUCUAUAUAAUAUAUACGGAAAAGGUGUUCAAUAUAUUUAGCACAUUAAAAUCACAUAAUAUUUAAUGAUAUUAAAACGUCUGUAGCGAAAUACGUGCUCGAAUCUCUUAUUGGUCUAAUUUAUGUACCUAACGUUUUUUGAUUAUGUCAUUUUUAAGAAAUGGUGACGUUAAUGUGCUUCAAUAUAUGAAUCGGUACGGAAGUGUUUACCCGACUAAAUCUGUCAUGCAGAUGUAGACCUUACAGUGUGGUGACAAGGUCUACUUAGCAUUGAUAGCCCUCGAUGACUCGCGUCAUGUUUUCUUAGGCUCAUUUCGUAGUACUUGCGCUGAUACUAAAUUAUAUAUAAAUUAGGAUCUGUAUCGAAUCUCAAUUAUUGAAAUAAUGAUGAUAUUGCAUUUGCAAAAAACCUCAAAUGUUAGCUUAGGCUAUUUUGGACCAUAGUCAGUGUGAGUGCUAUGAUUAUACUUAUUUUUUAAUCAUUUAUAUUUAUUUGUUUAUGAGGUAUAUUUUUUGAUAAAUCUUAAGCUAAACAUAGCUUUUGACAAUCAAAUUUAUCCAGAUUUUUUUACUUUGUGAUUCGCUACGUGUUAUUAACGCGUUUUAUUUUAGCCAUACUUUAUUCGUAAGUUUUUUUAAUUGUAAGUUUCGUUACUAUAGUCGGUCAAGCAAAUCUUGCCAGUAGAAAAAGGCGCCAAAUUUAAAAAAAAAUGUAGGUGCGAAGGGAUAUCGUGCCAUAGAAAAUUUGAAUUUCGCGCCAUUUUGUACUGACAAGAUUUGCUUGACCAGCUAUAUGUCCCGCGCUGAUGCGCCGGGCGGACGCCGUACCUAGAAUCCGUUCCAAAGAGCGUUCCCUUAUUUAUUGGCUUUAAUUUAUUCGUCCUACGUUAGUAGUUAGACGUUGAGUUAGGUUUAGUUAGUGGCGCGCGCUCGAGUAUGUCUCAUCGCUGGCGUGCGCGGGGCGGCGACAGGGCAGGCGCCGACAGGCGACAGGCGACCGAGGACCGGCGCGAGCACAACACAGCGCCACGACCACGUGGACGGACACGGACACGGACAAACCUAGUGCUAGUGCUAGUGCACCAUAGUGUAGUGACGUUCACUAGUGACGAUAACGGUGAGCUACGCCGUAAAGUAGCGAGCCACGGUUCUUCUGACAUUCGUAUAAUAUGUUAGUGUAUUAUUAAAGGACGCGAUGUACAGCGUGCCAGGCUGUAAACUUCCCCGAGUGGGAUCCGGUGACCGGCUAUGAUACUACUGAGAUAUCUAAAGGAAUUAAAUGUAUGUUUUGAUUAUAGUUACCUUUUAGUACGAUAUACUCGCUGUUGUGUAAAAUCUAUUUUAUUAAUGUUUAUACAUUGCCCCGAUAACUAUUUGUUUUCUCUCGAAUUAGUUUCUUUCUACCUUAUAAAAUUUAGAAUCUCAUUCGAUUACUUUUGAUCUGAAUUUGCAAUAUUUACUAAAGCUUUUUUGGAAUUGAGUAUUAUUUUAAAAAUCAUAAUAUUUUUUUAUUAACGUUUAUAUAAAAGGAAUGUUUAACGAAAUAAUUAUCAAACACAUCUUACUAAAGUGUUGUAUGUAAUAAGCAUAACGGUUACGUAUAAGUGUAUUCUAGUUGUUAAGAUUAAGAUAUUGUAAGAGCAUUGUUAGAGCAUUUACUCAGUGCUAUCGUUCGGUCUGGCGAUGAAUUUACUAGUUAACAGGCGACUGUGUCGCCUUCUACGCUGAUUUGUAGUCCUUGGUUGUGGCUUUAAUUCCAUAAAAUAACAUUUAUUUUGUGAUAAUUUGGUAGCUUUUCUUGAGGCCUUAACGGAACACGUGACGUAACAGAUGGCCCGUUGAAAAAUUGUCAAUUUACAUUUACAUUUUAUUUAAGUAGUUUUGUAGGAUGAUCUUCUAUUUUGUAUAAGGACAAGUAAAUUUAAUCAUAUUUUUUAACUUAGAUUAUAAGGUCUGUUCUAACACUCACUCGAUACUAUCGAAAUGUUUUAUAUCCACACUGCCAUUUAACUUAAAUUAUUUUUCUUCCCCGAGUCAUUUUAAUUAUAUUAGUGUGAUAAAUUAUUGUAUUUACUGUAAGUGUACAUUUUACAUAAUAUGGUAUCCCUAAUCCCUUCUAACGUCAAGUAACUAACCAGUUAUUUUCGUAACUUGUACUUGGGCAAUUUGUUAGAGCAGUUCUCUUCAAGUGCCCAUGUUUGCCUAGUUACAUAUUCGCACACUGAAUACAUUUUUUUAACAAAUGAAAAAAAUACUUUGAAGUGUUAAAAACGUUGAUAUACAUAUAUUAUUGCCACAUGGUUUCAUUUUGCCUGUCCUUUAAAAAAGUUUAUUCAUUAUAUCAGUACAAUGGUUUGUUUCAGAACCUAGUGUGCAUAUGAAUCUUUGGCAGGCACAUGAGUCAAAAGUUGGUAACUUCUUAGUUACCAACUUUAAUAUAAAAUAAUUAUUUUACUGCAAUUGAAAAGGCGAAAAAAAAAAUGGAAAUCUCUGUAUGUUAACUUUAUGAUACUCGUACGCAAAUCUUGGUAUUAUGUCGUUGUAAUCUCUAAUAUGUAAUGUAAUUUUACUUGUUUUAUCCAGUGCUAAAGAGUCUUAAGACAAUGAUUCAUUAUGGGAUAAAAGAAACGUCCCGCGGCAAGCCGCACGUCGCCAGCGACGUCAGGUGAUGUCUCACAAACAAUGCCAAUAUUCGUACGUCAGGCGAUGUUUCCCUAUUUGUGAUUGUCCCCUAGUGAAUUUCUGGCUUAUGAGUACAGGUCGAUCCACGAAAGCUGGCACGAAUGGAAUGAACGAAACUUUCAUUGUAUAAGUGACACCUGUAUCUGUAUACAGUCAGAGAUAGAUAGAUAAUCCGUUUAUUUGUUUGCCACAAUACACACACAAAAUACAAGUAAUAAAAUGACAUAAAGAAACAAAUAAUACAAAACCAGUCAAGAGAAACACAAUUUUUUACAAAAUUGCUCAUGAAAGAAAAAAAAUACAUUGAAAUACUGUUCCAUACAUAUAAAAAUGCUGUGUGCGUCGCAGCAAAACAAAAGGGUUUUUGCUCAGUAUUACGCUUCCCCCUUAGGAGAGGUACAUAUAUUCUGCCAGGACCAGAUCAGGUCAACCAAGAUACAGUGCAAAAGAUGAAAUAUUCAGUUAGUACUCACUUACAUAGCCAUCAUUUUAUGGGUUUAAGUGAUACACACAGAUAUUUUCAUUCACUCAUUCAUUCCAUUCAUGCCAUUUUGUGAAUCGACUUGUAGAACAAUGUAGACUUAUUUCAAUACAAAGAACUCUGUAAAAGAACACGCAAACAUUUAGGUACUGAAUAAUAAAAAGUGAUACAGGUGGAGGGAAUGUCAAUAAGAUUAACUAGAAUUUUGUUAUGUUCUAUUACAGAUGUCUUGACGUGUUUAUGGUACAUAUUGUACCUACUCUACGAAGUUGCCCAUGUAUGACCAUAUUACAAUGUCCAUUUUCGUAGCCAAAUUACAAGUCAUAUCAAUGAGAUUGAAUAAAGUACCUAGUGAAGAAUGAAA